ACAAGGGGGGCGGAGCAUUAUCUUAUUCCCUAGAAAAAAAAUCCAACCUACUGGUACAGGCCAGUUUUUCCGUCGACAAUCACACCCAUUUACGCCUAAUUUGUUAUUUGAGCACAGUUUUCGGACUCGACCCUUUGUGUUGAAGGGCGUAAAAAAAGAAGAGAUGAGUGAAGCCGAGCAGGUGCUUGAGGGCGCACCUGCUAACCUCAAUGAGUCAGGAGAUUCAGACCCCCUCAAAGAACACCCACCGACUCAGACGGGCAUUCUGGGCAGGGUGGCGGGGGGCAUGUAUGGCGCCACCAAGGGGGCUUUAGGAGCUACCGUGGGCACCUUGUCCUGGAUAGGAGGGAAAAGCCUGGAUCUCACCAAGACGGCCGCCAGCACGGUGGCCGCCGCGCCUGCCGCCGGCGUGGGCUUCGUCAAAGGAGGAGUGUCCGCCGUCGCCGGCGGCGUGACGGCCGUCGGUUCUGCCGUGGUCAGCAAAGUUCCAAUCGGAGGAGGCAAAAAGAAGGACAAGUCCGACUGAGGAGAGGAAAUUAAAAGCACAAGUUCGCUUGGCGGGUCGCAGCAGGAGGUGAUCAGCAACACGGGACUCAAACAAUCGAUGUGAAUGUGUUCUUUGCUGUUUAUAUUCGCAUACCGGUCAAGAUAAAUGACGUGUUCGGAAACUCCAAAUAAGAGACUGCACUUGUUUUUUCCGUGAGGAACAUUUCCCUUCUCACCUGUGCGUCAAGUGGUCCAAUAAAAUGUCCGCGUCUGGUUUUGAUUACAAGCCUCAGGACUGUUUUCACUGCGGGCUGCACAAGCCAAGCCCGAAAUGCACUUGAGUAUCACCAGCGAGACAAUCAGCCAGGAAUACCAAUCUAUAAUAAUUGAGCAUCACAUUUUUUUGUUCAAUUUGUUUACUUAUAUUAAGUCAUGCACUCCCAAUAAAAAAUAAAAAAAACAUACCGGCAAAUUUUCGGGGCAACCAAACUUUAGUCUCUCUACAGAUGAAUUAAAUUUGACCAGCCAAGAUGUGUAAAAUGGAAGUGUUGAUGUGUACACCUGAAAGGUCAUCAAGGUGUUUGUUUUGUUCACCCCCAACUUUUGGUGAGGAAUCUAAGUUCACUCCACCCCCUAAAAAGAUCCACAAAUCUAUCUGAAGAGCUGAAAUCCGAUUUAAAAUCAACAUUUGAAUGUCAAACCAACACUGAACUCAAAUGUACCAGCGCCUCAAGUUUGGCUUUCAGGGUCGUCCUUCGUGUUUACUCAUGAGACGUGAAUGCAUAUUUUCUUAUUAUUAUGGCAAUUAUCUGUAAAGUGUUGUCAUGUUAGUAAAACUCUUCUGACUACCUUUUGAAUAAAGAAAUUGUAAAUAAUACAAUCAA